GCUCAGACACUCUGCGGUCUUUCGUCAGGUACUCUAUCAACCGGUAGCCGGCUCUGACGAUCAUAUCAAGCAUCAACGCGAAACUAAGACCGACCACUUGGUGAGCACUACCGGUGCAGUUGCCAAUAAGGGACUCUGAUUGCGAAUCUAUACUCCUCGAGUCUGGUCCACGGUUAUAGAAUAUAAGGUAUGCAAUUGGCCAAUAUAUCAGUUGGCGUGCAGAGUCGUCCCACGCAGAGUAUUUUUUGGAGUCUUCAUGUUUUUGCAACUAUUCGCAACUUCUUCAUAGUCCUGAUAAUCAUCAAAUCCAUCAAUAUUUUGACUGUGUUCAUCAGUUCCUACGAUAUACAUAGACUCAAUAGUAGCGUGACACACUCAUUGCAAGCUAAAUAUAAGAUCACCGGGUCGAGGUGUUGCUGUGGUAGAUCAUUUGUACCGGCUUGGAAGUCAUGGCUGUUAGCCGAUGCUGUCGAUGGAUAUUUGGUUAGUUGAGUGAAUAGACGGUGAUAUGAUUGUGAAAUAGAUGAAAAUUGAAUUGAUUGAUCAAGAUAUAUUAGAUCAAUUUGAGAUGGAUGAAUGAUGAUGUGAG